AUGAGUGCCGCCAAGCAUUCAGAAGACUUCGAAGAGUAUCUAGAAGAUGAUUUUAACGCAGUAAAGGCUUGCUCAGCUGUACUGAAAAGCACACACAUUGAUAUGGAUUCUGACGAGCUUGAUCUACUGACAUCGAUUAAAAAAGUGCGAUACGCAUUGAACGAAGUUGACAGGAGAACAGAGGAAACGAUACGUUCUAACCCCUUACAUUUGAUCGAUACUCUGAAUGACCGUGCUAUAGCUCGUGCCAAGACUCAAGCCUCUUUGGGUCCUAGCAUAGAAUACUUGAAGAUGUCUUACGGCAGGCUUGAGAAGGACGUUCUGGAACCGCAUGAAGAGUCGCUACAAUUACAAUUGGCGUUGGGCAAAAUCCACCAAACUUCGAGUGUUUUAAGAGAUGUGCUCAUUUUCCUGCAUUUACUUAGACAAGUUAUGAGCUUCGUAUCUCCUAAUCCCAAAGAGGAGCAGGGUUCUUCAGAACAGAACUUGUUGGCAUUGGCUUCUAUUCAUUCCCAAGUUCAAAGUACUUUAGCGUCCAAUCCUAACCUAAGGGCUCUGAGACUUGUUAAGAAACAUGACUCAGAAACUCUCACACCAAGCCGUCGCGGGACACUCAAACUCAUAGGCGAAUCGCUAGUCAGCAAUUACUCUGGUGAGUUGAGAUCAACUCAAGCAAAGUUUGAAAGUAGCCAGUCUCUCUUACUUGCGCUACACAAACUUUCACCGAAAGAUUUCGUUAGCACCAUAGACAAGGUGGUACUAGCCAGAAUCAAUUCCAGUAAUCAAGGCUUAUCUAAGACAAUAACAUCUAUCAAAAACAUCAAAACAGCGCUGGAGAAUGCCUUGCAAGACGCACAAACUGUGUUGCUCCUGGAAAAAACGCUCAACUCCACAAGUACCGGAACCCUUAGUUUGCUGAGUGAGUAUAUUUCACACAAAAAGCACGCUUCCUUGAUGGAAAUGUUCUGGAGCCGGGUGUCUAAAGCGUUUAAGAGAGAUUUUGAGACUUCGUACACCCGAGGCGGCCCUGUGGGCAAGUCUCUGGCGGCCAACUCCACAAGUAUUGUUCAAAGCAUGCAACAGACGCUAAGUACUGAUCCAGCAGCGGCCAAUCAAGGUUUGGAGAAAAUGCUUGAUUCGGUGUCUAUACUUGAUAAAACAGGUUCGAAAUAG